UAUGUAACCUACCACAACAACCAUGGUAGUUUCCAGCUGACAUUUCCAAGAGUUUCUUUCUUCUCCAUCUGUUUCUCUGUUGGUGUUUUUUUUUUUCUGUUUCUUAAAAUUUCUGUAGAAUUUUACCCAGAUUUGUGACUUUUCUGGUGUCAUUAUCGGUGGAUUAUCUGUGGCUAAGUUAAACGAAUACGUUAUGGGAGAGGAGGAAGCCACUGAACCCAAGGAGAUGCAACAGCCUGUUAAACAAGACAUGGAGGAUCAUGGACCAUCACCCCAUAUCCAUGAAAAUUCUGCGCUUGCAAGAGUUGAGGCUGAAAAAAGACUAGCUUUAGUCAAAGCAUGGGAGGAAAAUGAAAAGGCAAAAGUAGACAACAAGGCACACAAGAAGAUAUCUGCUAUUGGAUCAUGGGAGAAUACCAAGAAAGCUGACGUAGAAGCACAGCUAAGGAGCUUCGAGGAAAAACUGGAGAAAAAGAGGGCAGAGUAUGCUGAGAGAAUGAAGAACAAAGCGGCUGAACUCCAUAUGGAAGCAGAAGAGAAAAGAGCGAUGAUCGAAGCCGAGAAAGGCGAAGAGUUUCUCAAGAUAGAGGAGACAGCAGCCAAAUAUCGUUCAACUGGAUAUAUACCGAAGAAAUUUCUUGCAUGUUUCAGCAGUUGACAUCUUUAGUUGGAGAUUUUUUUCCCUGGAAUUUGGUUUUUCUUUGCUUCUGUUGGCUUGUAAGUCGGACA